CCGCGCGUUCUCACCGGGUCGUCAGCCCAGAGUCAGGAGGAUGCGAAGCCAGCCCCCUCGCCGCCAGCCGCGAGUCGCAGUGUUUCGUAGUUAGGCGUCCCUCCGCAGAGCUGUGCCCUUUCAGAGUUCUUCUGCAGUUGCAGUGAUGCGGGUUCUCACCUGGAUGUGAUGCUUUGCAUGUUUGAAACUGCCACCAUCAGUUGAAUGCCACAGGUAGAACACUUGGAGUCUUUCAAACACAGUUUCUCGAAGAAAAUGAAUUUGGCCGAGAUCUGUGAUAAUGCUAAAAAAGGAAGGGAAUAUGCACUUCUCGGAAACUAUGACUCCUCCAUGGUUUAUUACCAGGGUGUCAUCCAGCAAAUUCAAAGACACUGUCAAUCCAUCAGAGACCCAGCACUGAAGGGCAAAUGGCAACAGGUUCGGCAAGAACUGUUGGAAGAAUAUGAACAAGUAAAGAGUAUUGUCAACACUUUAGAGAGUUUUAAAAUAGACAAACCUACAGAUAUUCCUAUAUCUUAUCAAGAUGACAAUUUUAGGGAUCCAACUGUUUGGCCACCUCCUGUUCCAGCUGAGCACAGAGCCCCACCUCAAAUAAAACGACCCAAUCGAGAAGUGAAACCUUUGAGGAGAGAAUCGCCAGGAUUGCAGCGUGGACCUGUGGGCAGAGCUCAACCAAUCUCAAAAAAUGAAAAACCUGCCAGCAGCCGAGAAAGGGAAUCUAGAGCAAAGGGAAAAGAUGAAAAGGGAAAGAAGAUCCCCCAGGAUGGUGCCGGUGAUGGUGAAAUUCAGAAGUUUGAUGGAGCAGGAUAUGACAAAGAUCUGGUUGAAGCUCUCGAAAGAGACAUCGUGUCAAGGAAUCUAAGUAUUCAUUGGGAUGAUAUAGCAGACUUGGAAGAAGCCAAAAAAUUAUUAAGGGAAGCAGUUGUUCUUCCAAUGUGGAUGCCGGAUUUUUUCAAGGGGAUCAGGCGACCUUGGAAGGGAGUGUUGAUGGUUGGCCCUCCCGGGACUGGUAAAACUAUGCUAGCGAAGGCUGUUGCUACAGAAUGUGGAACGACUUUCUUCAACGUUUCUUCUUCCACUCUGACAUCAAAGUAUCGAGGCGAGUCUGAAAAGUUAGUUCGCUUGUUGUUUGAAAUGGCCCGAUUUUAUGCACCCACAACCAUUUUCAUUGAUGAAAUAGACUCCAUUUGUAGCCGCAGAGGUACCUCUGAUGAACAUGAGGCAAGCCGUCGGGUCAAAUCUGAGUUGCUUGUUCAGAUGGAUGGAGUAGGCGGGGCUCUGGAAAACGACGACCCUUCGAGAAUGGUGCUGGUGCUGGCUGCUACAAAUUUUCCCUGGGACAUUGACGAAGCUUUGAGAAGGAGGCUGGAGAAAAGGAUCUAUAUACCAUUGCCAACAGCAAAAGGCCGAGCAGAGCUGCUUAAGAUUAAUCUUCGGGAAGUAGAACUGGAUCCUGACAUCAGCCUGGAAGAAAUUGCUGAGAAGAUCGAAGGCUACUCUGGUGCUGACAUCACUAAUGUUUGCAGGGAUGCUUCUUUGAUGGCAAUGAGGCGGCGCAUUAAUGGCUUAUCCCCAGAAGAGAUCCGUGCGUUAUCUAAAGAAGAGCUUCAGAUGCCUGUUACCAAGGGAGACUUUGACCUGGCUCUGAAGAAAAUCUCCAAGUCUGUUUCAGCGGCAGACCUGGAGAAAUAUGAGAAGUGGAUGUCAGAAUUUGGAUCUGCUUAACAGACAUCAUCUCACAAAGGAUUUUAGCUUUUCAGUUAUAAAAUAUUACAAAGACUUAGAAAUCUUUUAAGGCUUGAGUUUUUCCUACGGACAAGGACCCUUUUAAACUUUUUUUGCACUUUAAAGGGAACAAAAUAAAAUGUUACACAAUGAAAUCAUGGUAUUUCAUGGAUGAAUACUAAAAGCUGUAAAUGUAGCAAGGGAAUCCUAUGUGUUUUUGGUUGUCUGCACUUUUUUUUAACACUAGGUCCCAGUGUCCCGAUUUUCACGUUGUAGUCUUUCCUGGCUUUUAUCUGCCAAUCAGAUAUAGGACUCUGCAGGAAAAAGUUGACAAAACUUACUGUUCUGUACUCUUGUUGUUGGGUCAUAUUGUCUGUCUAGUUAGAACCUGAUUCCUUGAACGUAGGACUGGCAUUUUUAUUCUAUGCCUCUCCCCCUCUGUUUAGAGAGCUCAUCAGUAUGAUCUAAGUUGAAAAUACCGAGAUCUCUUUACACUGCAGUCACGUUGUCAUGGCUACAGUCGUAUUUGCUAGAACACUAAUAAUCAUAUAAAAUGUGAAAGGGAGGUGCAUACCUCCAAAAUAUACAGUGUGGCCAGUUACAGCUCUUUGCCAUCUUUUGCUCCCAGCUCUGAAGAAAUGCACAUGUACUUUUCUCUCCUCUUGUGUUCGCUGCAGCCGGCACCAGGGGAAGUGCAGUGAAUGCAAUCGCUGCUUAAAGCGUGGAGCAGCCCGUCAUAGAAAUCAUGUUGUAUCACAACCUUGAUGUUUGAAAUCUCAGGGCCAAUAUUGCUCUUGUUUCAGUUUUACACUUGUGUCAAUCUAUGGAUUUUGCUGGAUCUACUGCUGUCUUUGAUUUCUCAUUGUAUACCACUGUAAGCAAAAGUUUCUUGAUAUACUUUGGCCUGGUAAGGGCAGAUAAAUUCCAGAUGUUAUAGUGGCUUAACUCUCCAGAGUAGGUCAUGUUAAAUGAGUGUACAUCUUGCACUUCUUCAUGCUUUAGACCAGCCUUUUUCUAAUUGGCUUUGUUAGUGCCAUUUGCACCUUUGCAGUAUAAGAUACCAAGGUGGAACACUUGUGGAAACUAAACUUGAAGAUAUAGAGCCGUCAUCCUUGAUACCCAGGAAUAAUCUCUCCUCCUCCCCCACCCCACCCUUAUUUCUGGUGCUUUCUAGCAUUUACACUUACUUUUGCAUAUUUCAGCUGUUUUUUCAGAUAUGACAAAUUGGUUCUCAUCUCUGCAUAAUAUUACCAAGGGUCCACGGACAUGAAAAGAGGCACACAACAGUGGCUUGUUCUUUGGGACCCUUCAAAAAUAAUGUAUAGCUCACUUCUUGAACUUGUUUUGGGUGUAAGUGUGUGGAACUCGUUAUCAAAAGUUAUGUAUUUGGAGAUGAAUGUUUAUGAUCAGAACUGCAAUUGAAUCUGGCUGUAGCAGAGUUACAUGAAUCACCUAAACCUAAGGCAAGGUUUCCAGUUUAGAAAACAAAACAAAACAAAACAGGAAUGUCAUGUAAAUCGGUCUUAGACAUCUUGAAAUGAUCAAUAGGCAUUUCCAAGCCACCUGUUCAUUUGGCAACUCAUCCAAAAUAAUUUGCAUUUCUGCUGUGCUUGGAAAUUUCCCUCCAUUCCUUAUCCCCGUACAUCUCCUAAAUUUGCUCUAGAUUAAGGUAGGGGAAAAAACCCAGAACAGAUUUAGGGGUCACACAGAGAAGUUCUAUGGUGUAGAUAAGAGUUCUUGCACUGGCAGAACUGUUCAGUUGGAUAUUGCUCUCUGACACCAGUGAGUCACCUGGGAGUAGAGCUACUCCCUGUAUAGAUCUCUACUGGUCUUGCCACCACCAGCCAUGUUAGACCAAGGACAAGUAUGUUCUAUGCUGUGUGGGUGGCACAGUAAAAAAGAAAGAAUGGUCAAGACAUUGUAUUACCUGGUGUCUUUUCCUGGAGGUGUCUUUCCCCCAGUUCAGUACUGCAGUGCUUUAAAUCAGCUAUCAGAAAAACUUCUGUCUAGGCCCGGCCUUAGUUUAGUUUCCACCUAGAUCUCCAAGUUACUGACACAACAUCUCAGGGAGCUUUUCCUUAUAAGGGCUCCCUGCGUUGUUACUUAUUCGUUGUAAUAGCCACCUCGUCAGCAUAGCACUUGCUAGACAUGUCCAGAACUACAGAUGUGACUUGGUUCCAUAAGAGAAGCAAGAGUGUUUACGUAGCAGAGUCCCAUCAUACCAUAUGCAGCCAGCUAUAAAGGUUGUGUUGUGUUUCUUUACUUUGUUUUAACAUAGAAGAUGAUGUAUUGGGUCAAGACUGUGAAUGAUGCACUGUGUUCAUCUCCAACAAAAGGCAGCUCUACUUUGGGGAAAAUAAUAAUAAAUGUCCUAAUGGUGACUCGCUUUUUUCUU